AGUGACGUCACUUCAGACGGCAAAGAUGUAAACAGAUGCUAACUAAAGAUGAGUGGCAUGUGGGCAAUGCUGGUUGGAGUGGCAGAAGAACUUUGGCUGGAUAUUAGUGAUGGAGUGUGGAUGGUGCUGGAAACUCUUCACAUGGGCCCACUAGUCCUGAGACUGAGAGAAGAGAUACUGAGUUCUUCUUUGCGCAAGAGAUCGCUUGUUCGCAUCCUGGGCUCUGCCUUACCUUUGAAGGCUGUUCAAAGGCCUUAUUUAAGAUAUGUUGCCUUGAGAAGCUUGAGCACAUCAUGUGACUCUCUCUACUCAGCUCACACUCAGGGUCGCGUCGACUCUAAGUGGUUGGCUGAUACAGAGAGAUCUUCUAAAUUUAGACCCAUUUUGUUACGAUGUGAGACAGCACCAGAACUCUUCACUCUUGCUGGUGAGGCAGACAGCAAUGGGAAUGGUGAUACUACACCAAGAUCCUCAACGCCCUUUAGUGUCACAUCAGACAUCGGCUCUCUGCACCAUAAUUAUUUGCACCACUCACAAGAUAAUCUUGUUCCUCGGAACCAUCAAGACAGCUUCCAGCACAGUAGCCUGCAUCACUCAACAAUACAUGCAUCUUCUCCAUUUACAGAUCCAAAUGCCUUAGCUAAAAUAUCACUUUUAGAGGAGGAGCUCUCUCAGCUUCGGUUACAAAUUUCAAUAAUACUAAAUCAGACGAAACAUCCAGCUACACCUCCACCGAGUCCUACACUUAUAACGCCACCACCACCACCACCACCUCCGCCACCCUUACCCCCGGGUUUGCCUCCCCCUCCGCCCCCUCCUCUCCCUGCCAUAUUCAACAAGUUUAGAUCUGAUGACCCUGAUGCUCCUAGAAAACCCUCUUUCUCUGAACUAAUUGCACAAAAUAAAGAUUCCAUAAACAAGCACACCGAACCUAUAGACAUUCCGACUAAUUCCAACAGCAGGUCAAGACCAGUGUCAAUGUCUGAUGUUCUCAAGGGACUCAACAAAGUCAAGUUGAAAAAAGUAUCCAGGUCUCCUGGUGGUACCCCAAUAAGAUCACGGCCAAAGUCACCAGUGGCAGGUGAUCCUGCCGCUAUUAUUGCUGCUGCUCUCAAGAAACGCUUUGCAAAGAUGCAUUCAGAUUCCCCAGAGAAGGAUGCUAAUGAUGAUGAUAAUGAAUUCGGUUCAUCUCCUGAAAGUACACCGCAGAUGAUCCAUAAAAGCCGGUUUGAAAUCCCAAAACGGAAUCUGAUGAAAGAAGAGACCCCUCAACAAAAUCUCUUUAAAUUAAUGAGGAAGCCAUCUCCUAGAAUACCUAAACCCAAGCCAAAAGAAGAGCAACCACCUUCACUUCCAAUAUUUGGGCAGCAUCUUUUGAAAAAACGUGUUCCUAAAACUCCAGAACCAAGAGAUAGUGUGAGCCCCUCCAGUGAAGCAUCAGAUCUCUCACGGUGACCUGCAAGAGACAAUGUGAGUCCCUUCAUUGAAACAUUGGACUUCUCACAGUGACCUACAAGAAGCAGUGGAGUCCCUCCAAUGAAGAAAUGUGGAAGUGCAGAAAGAAGGGAUACUGUAUACAGUAUCUCUUGAAUUCUCUGAUGAAACCAUUUCCACUAGUUUAUUUUGUAUAUAGAUGUCUAGGCAGUAAUUGGCAGUUUAGUCUGAAACAUUUGUAAAAUGUUAACUAUGCAUCAUAUGCUAAAGAUUUUGGCUCAUGCAUUAUUAUAUAUAAUUCAGAUGAUUUACAUUGCUACUAAUGUCUUGUGACUACAGUAUUGGGUAUUGCAUUUAUUGUACAUGUAUGUGUAUUCCUCAUUACCUGAGUAGCAGAUAGUUAAAGAAGAGUGCACACUUUUUGCAUUUAUAUAUUUUUGUAAUUGUUGUAAUUCAUGUACGUACUAUGUUCUUUACAUGCAAUGACAUGAGCGUAAUGUUCACCUGGAGCACUGCAAGCUAUCUGUGGAUGACACUUGGCAGCCAAUUGUUAAGAAUAUUGAUAUAUAUUUGUAAUGUUUUAAACUUAUUUGAAUAGAUGCAUAAGUAUAUUUGUAUAUAUGCUGUAUAUAAAUUUUUAUACCUAGUCUUGGUGCUGAAAGGUAAAUAAAGAAUAGUACUGUUAGGAAAUGACAACUAGGUAACAUGUCUGUCAUGACAUUAUCAGACGGAGGAUCAAACUUCCACCACGCAUUACAUUGAAUGAUCCACACAGGUUUAGUGCUUUGCAUGAUGAUACAUUAAUAAUAAUUAUAUAAAUAACUACAGUUUUGGUGCUACAGUAUAUAUUUAGUAGGAUUAACAGUUCUUUGUUGCAUGCAGGAAGACUUGACAGAUCUUCCAUGAGUAGUGUGCUAUUGUGACCAGUUUAUCAUUGAUCUAACAAUGUGUUAUAUGUAAGAACAUACAAGGUUAUAAUAACCCUGUGUUUCCAGUGAGGGGUGUUUAUUUAUUCUCAUUAUCAUGGGUCUCAUGGUAGCUUCCAUGCUUACAUAAUCACCAUCAUAAAGUGUCUAGUCCAAGUGAUAUUAAAGAUGGUGAAUGUGUUUAUAGGAUAAUUGAUCACACAUUUUGUAAAUAUCAUACCUGUUAUGAAAUCAAAAUAUUUACAUUCCAGGAAAUCUCACUGUUCUUGAUUUGAACUUUUUUUCUUUUACACACUGGCCAUCUUCCACCAAGGCAGGGUGACCUGAAAAAGAAGCACUUCCACCAUCACUCACACUAUCACUGUCUUGUCAGAGGCACAUGGAUACCAACUUUUAUUGUAUACUCAAAAAAAAAAGAAAAAACUGUUGCACAUUUCCACUUGUUUCUUAGUGCCUUACUCCCACAUUGGGAGUCAUUGUAUUUUUUUGGAAACAACACUAUUGCUAUCCUUAGCUGUUCAUUUUUGCAUUUAUUUUUUUAUUUACCUUCCUAUAGCUUUUUUAAUUAAUCUUAAUGUUUAAGAUUAUAACCUUUUUCUUUGAAUAUUAAUACACAAAUAACCCGCACAUAGAAGAAAGGAGGUUACGAUGACGUUUCAGUCCAACUUGGACCAUUUACAAAGUCACACCACCUCUCUUCUAUGUGUGGGUUAUUUAUGUUUUGUUCCAGUCACGGUAUUGUGGUUUUUUUUGUUCCUUGAAUAUUAAUGUUCUAUAAAGUGUUUCAAAAUAUAAAUAAUAGAUACAGUACUCUAUAUGGCAGACAUAGCUAAGACAUGGUUUAUGAGUUGCAUGCAACUCUUUUGCUCAGUCUAUGAGGCUUGUGAGACAGUCUCCAGGUUUACUUUCCCCUUCUGGAUAUUAUCUCACGAGUCAUAUUCAGUGAUCGGUCAUACCACAUGCAACUCACGAUCCAUAGCUUGGCCACCUAUGUGAUGUGAACAUGGGUUAAUGUUGAUUCACAUUUGUGUCUUUGCAAUGGGUAUUUAAUCAUCAGUAUUAAGUUAUGUUAUUUACAAGUAUUAAAAUUUUUUUAAAUAUCUCUUGUCUAACAGGAUUACUACUUUUUUUAAGCAGGAGUAAAAAUAUUUUCACCUGAUUUAGGUAGAAUUAAACCUUUAUACCUUUAAAUUAUAAAAGUUCCAUGGAAAUAUAUAUAUAGUGUUUCAAAAUGUAAAUAACAUGUGGUAGUGUAUAUCAGACAUGGCCAAACCAUGACUCCUGAGUCGCAAGUAGCUUGUUUGCUCUGUCUACGAGGCUCGUAAAACAAUAUCCAGAUUUACUUAACUAUUCUGAAUGUUGUCUCACGAUUCACAUUGAAUGAUCAAACAACAGCAUGUGAUUUGCAAGUCAUAUAUUAAUACUUUAUUACAAAAUGUAAAAGGAAAAACUUGUUUUUCAAUUUAGGUUACUCUGCCUUGGUGGGAUAUGGCUGGUGCGUUGAAAAAAAAUUUUUUUUACCUCGAUGGCUGUCUCCCACCAAGGCCGCUAGCGUGGCCCGUGGAAAGAAAACAAGUUCACCAUCAUUUAUUUAAUCAGUCUUGCCAAAAGUUUGACAUCACAAUUCAGAUGACCCUCCGACUACAAUAUACAGUCACUGCCAUUCCCACUUCCAAGUCUCAAGUUGGGGUAACUGGUUUUCCUGAAUCCUUUCAUGAAUGUUACCUUGCUUGCACACUAACAGCACGUCCUAUAAAAACUGCUUGUCAUUCUGCUAACUAACACUCAGACAAGCCUGCUGGACUUUCAAACCCCUAAAACUUAAAGCCUCCUUUAUGACUCAUUCUUGGGAUGGUCCCAACCCCCUUCUUCCCCAGAUUUAUACACCCUCUUUGUUAUCUUUUCCCUCUGUUUUAUCUAAAUACCCAAAUCACGAGCUAAGACAGGAUAUUUUGGGUACUUAAUUGCUAUUGGAUACUUAAAUUAUAAUGCACUGUGCCGACGUUUUAAUAGCUGAAUAAUUAUAGACCCCCUCAUUUUCC